AUGGCUGAUGAGGAAGAAAUUCUGCUAGAAGUAGAGGCGGUGCAAGCGGUUUACGGAGAUGAUUGCGCCGUCCUUGAUUCUUUCCCUCCCCAUCUCCACCUCCACAUGAAGCCCAGAACCGCCGAUAUCUCUUCACAACAGUUUGUGGAAGCAUUGAUCAGCAUAAGAGCAGGCCUCCAGUAUCCAGAAGAACCACCCGGUAUCAGCAUCAUCGAGUCCAAGGGCCUUGAUGAACGAAGGCAAAAGGAACUGUUAACAAGUAUAAAGGACAAAGCGCAGGAGCUCAACUCAUGCUUAAUGCUUGUAGCACUUUGCGAGGCAGCAGUGGAGAAGCUUUCGAUCAUGAAUCACCCUGACGGUGAAUGUCCUUUGUGUUUAUAUCCUUUGGUUCUAGAAAAAUUAGAGGGAGAAACCUUGUCAUUUAUGAAGUUGAUGUCUUGUUUUCAUUGCUUUCACAGUGAAUGCAUUAUAAGAUGGUGGGCUUGGCUUCAAAAGCAGAAGGAGCACACCAGUGCAUCAUCUGCCACUACGCCGCAGCGAAUCAGACCAGGAAAUAAGAUGGGAACAGAUGACAGCAUGGGGAAAUGCCCAGUUUGUCGGAAGAGUUUUCAUGCCAAGGAUUUGGAACAUGUUCUUGACUUGGUUGGAACUCAUUCCUCUCGACUGGAUGAUGAUGAUGUUGAUGAUAAUGAUGAUGAUGAUCUUAAGGUGUUCGGCUCUCAGUCGGAGCAUACUAGAAGAGAGAAAUUUGAUGCUAUACUAAAAUUACAAGAAGAAUGCAACGGCCUGAUAGAACCGAAAAAGAGUAUAGUGGUUUUGCCUGGCAUGUUUCUUCCACGGCCUCUGGCAGCGCUUACUCCUUCAUCAAAUGAAGAAACCAUAGAUCAAGAACCAAGAGAAGCUCCACCUCUCUCUGGGAAUUUUUCUCGUAAUACUUCAGGCCGAGCUGAUGGCUUUGCGAAGCGUCGGAACCCUAACAGGAGGAACCGGAAUCCACAAAGCGCACAAACACAGGCCAGGCAUUGGGUGAGGAAAGAGAAUGGUACUUCAAGCUGA